AGCCUCUCUUCUGGAUGUUGGCUAUUCCUGCCAGCUUGGUGCCGUCUGCAGAUUUGAUGAGUUCCCCAUCUAAAAUAACAUUAGAACUCUCUGACCCACCAGCCGAUUUUGUCCCACUGGAAAGGGAGACAGAAAAAAAAUGGGGUAUUUUCAGAGAGAGAGAGGGGGUGGUGAAAGUUUUUAAAGAGUAAGAUUUGAGCCUUCAAAAAAUCAGGUUCUGAGUUAAAACUAUAUUCCCUCUAAUCCUUUUAAUACCUUGGUUUUAUUUGCAGUUGCGAAAACCAACCUAUAUCAAUCCCUUGUUUCUCCAAUUCUUGUUUUUGUUUUAUUCCAUCCACUUCUGUUAAGAUAUCUUUAUAUCUGAUUAUAUUCUUCAUGUUGCUCAUAUUUGGUUGGGUCAAUGCUUCCAUUGUUGAAAGCCACAUUGGUAUUUCUAUAUAGUGUUUCCUUUUUACUCUUCCCCAUGUUAUCAAUAAUCCAUUCCUUACGCAACCUCGUUGGAAGUAUCUUACUUUUACCAUACCACAUACUGCAGUUUUUUGCGCUGACUUGCCCUGUGCAUUUUUGCUCUCCCUAGCCCCACAUGUGUCCCUUUUGUGUCUCUCUCUGUGUUUCUUUCUCCACAUUCCUCCAAAGGGUGUUUGAGGUUGUAUUAUGCGCCUUAUUUCAUCCGCAGGGACGUUCUGGUGAACAUUUUCCACCUUGGUUUUCUGAGGUAGUUUGAGAAAGUCUCUGAGGGGUUUUUGGAAAUCAAGGCGAAGACCUCCUGCUUUAUCUGAUAUCUUUCUAUCUGCAGCUCCAAGGGAUUGGGUGGGUUUGCCAGAUCAUCCUGGAGAAAUGGCUGUCUUCCUCUUUGCCCUCAAGACUGAUGGCCUUCCAUGUUUUUUUUCCCCCCUCCUUUCAGAAACUUCCGGAAACACCUCCGCAUGGUAGGGAGCCGUCGCAUGAAGGCGCAAACUUUUGCCGAGCGGCGUGAGAGAAGUUUCAGCCGGUCCUGGAGUGACCCAACUCCCAUUAAGCCUGAAAACCUCAGUGAUUCCCGAGAAAGCCAUGAAUUCCAGGACUCCUGCUGUGCCGUUGACAAAGACGUUGACUUGAACUGGGAGGCAGAGAAAGAACUGGAAGCAGCCGCCUGCAGUGGGGAGGACUUCGUUCCCCCCAAAAUCAUGCUCAUUUCCUCCAAAGUGCCCAAAGCUGAGUAUGUUCCAACAAUUAUCCGUCGCGAUGACCCAUCGAUCAUCCCCAUUCUCUACGCAGAGGAAAUUGAAAAAAAACUGAACAUCUACCGGAAGGGCUGCAAAAUUUGGAAAAUGAUGAUUUUUUGCCAGGGAGGUCCGGGCUAUUUAUACCUCUUGAAGAAUAAAGUCGCCACUUUUGCCAAAGUGGAGAAGGAGGAAGACAUGAUCUACUUCUGGAAGCGGUUGGGCCGUCUGAUGAGCAAGCUGAACCCGGUCCCGAAUGUCAUCCACAUCAUAGGGUGUUACGUCUUGGGGAACCACAAUGGUGAGAAGGUUGCUUCUCUCCUUCUUGACUUCCCCUCCUUUCCCCUGGCAGGAAAGGAAAUGAUUGAGACUUAUUUCGACUUCCGUCUCUACCGAGUCUGGAAAACCCGCCAGCAUUCCAAGCUGUUCGAUUACGACGACAUUUUAUGAGGGCCACCAGGACGGGGGCCAGCAGGAAUCUCCACGGGUAUCCCGAGCAGGCGGGCGUCGCCAAGAGCGGGAGAUCUUUUUCACGGUUGGCGAGGAGGCCCAGAGAGGCUCCCAAGAAGCCAGUAGAGGGCCUUCAAGAAGUCCGCCGGGCAACUUGAGGCACGAGUUGGAUGGAGCACGGCGGACGGGGGUGGGCGAGGUGGCAUGUCUUCAGGGACCGAGGUGGUUUCAGAUGGCAAGACGCCCAACGCCAUGACAGGUUCUUCUCCGAAGACAUUUGAAGCUCAGGUUUCCUACAACCGAUCAUCUCGUUUAUCUCUACUUAGUUGUCAUGAAGGGCGAAGAAGGACUUCUCUGGUCCAGCGCUUGGAGAGGAUUGAUCAAACCCUUCGGUGGGUUUGAAGAAAGCCAGACCUCAGAAAAAGUCUCAUCCAUUUUAAGAACAUGUGUGAAUUCUCUCUCUCACACACAAACACACACCCAUACAACCCAUACACAUCUACAGAAGUGCAAUUUUCUUUCUUUCUUUCUUUCUUACAAACAAAGAGGAAAUAUUUAAUCAACUGUUGCCGUACCGCGCACACCGAUGUCUGGUAGAUGAGAUAUUAUUAUUUUUUUGAGUCUGCUCGAUAUUGAAUAUAUUCGACAUCGUAAUAUAUCUGUCUCUCCAUAUCUAUAUUUAUAUCUAUGGGUAGCUAGAGAUGACCUCUGUCCAAAUUCUUUCUGCGACUAGCUGCAAAGCUGUCGAAUCCUUCACUUUGGAUUCCAGCAAAACUCUGGAG